UCCAUUCCUCCUCCAUCUGCAGUGUGGUUGUGGAGAGCUUCGGCAGCGUGGUUACAGGAGCGCCAUGGCUCCACACCCAUCACAGACCCCUCGCUCUCGGACCUCCCUGCUCGGUCUGCUGCUGCUGCUCCACAUCUGGGCUCUCGCAGGAACGGUGAAGGGAGGAACACAGCUGGAUGAGCAGGAGAAGAAGAGCAGAGCUGAAGCAGGACCCAUACAGGUGGUGAUAACCCCCUCACACGGACAGAUCAGGGCCGGACGUAGCCAGGAGUUCGUCUGUACAGUGAGUGGAACAGUGGAUGAUAUCAAGUGGUUUGGCCCUAACGGAGAGAGGAUCGGAGACAACCAGGAAAACGUCAAAGCUCAGAGACGUGACGAGUCGAGCUGCUCGCUCACCGUUCGCUCGGCCACGCUCGAGGACGCCGGGAUUUACACGUGCAGAGCCGAGAACAAACACGCCGCUGCACAGGCUGAGAUCAACCUGCAGGUCGGCUUGAAGAGAGUUCGCAGAGAAAAGAAGGAAAAAAAGCCAAAGGAACCCAAACCACCGAAGGAACCCAAACCGAAGGCCAUAAAAGCCACCAAGAAACCCAAAACAGACAAGAAGAAGAAAGGAAAGAAGAAUAAAGAGAUCACCACCACUUUACCACCCACCACCACUUUACCACCCACCACCACAACAACCACCACCACUCUACCACCCACUACGUCUUCUGUAAAUGAGUAUGAGUAUGUGGAUUCGUUCUCAGACGACUACUGGGACGAAGAGUACCAAACCACAGCAGCUGUAGAUUUACCAGAACAGAGACCUACAGACCCUUCCACAGACCUCCCGAUAGAUGAAUAUGAGCAGCCAUAUCCCGACACAGAUGACGACUUCUGGAAGGUUGAUGACCCAGUACCCACAGUCCCAGUUACUGACGGCAAAGACAAGGAAAAAGAUGAUUACUGGGAUGCGUAUUAUGAAUUGGCGGAGAAAGUUCCACUGCCUGACGGUAAAGAGAUCAGCCCUACUGAUGCUGACUGGAGUUACACUAUUACAGAGGAACCCGCAGUUCCAACCUAUGAAAACAAGUGGUAUGAGGAGUACGACUACGGCCACGAGACGAAAGAAGAGCAGGAGAGAGUGGAGAGAGAAAAAGAAAAGGAAAAGGAGAGGACAAAGCAGGAGGAGAGAGAGAGAGAAGAGCGGUGGAGGAUAGAACACGAGGAACAGGAGCGCCGGAUCCAAAAACCUCCACGGGUCUACAAAGAACCUAAAAUCUGUCCUCCUCUGGGAAUGGAGUCUCAUUGUAUAGACGCUGACCAACUGCUGACUUCGUCCAUGAUGGGUCAUCGCUACGGUCCUCAAAGAGCUCGUCUUAACAUGCAGGCGUCUGGAGACGAUGAUGACAUGAACGGAGGAGCUUGGUGUGGAAACCCGGACGAUAAAGUCCACUGGAUCGAACUGGACGCCCGAACACUCACCGAGUUCACUGGAGUCAUCACACAGGGACGAGACGACCCCAUAGAAAACGACUAUGUCACCACCUACCACGUGUCCUUCAGUAAUGACAGUCGGGACUGGACUGUUCUCAGUGAUGGCUACGCAGACUGGCUGUUUUUCGGGAACUCUGAUAAAACCACCCCGGUGAUGUCAGAGUUCAUAGAGCCGGUGGCGGCGCGGUACAUCCGCAUCCUGCCACAGAGCUGGAACGGCACCAUGUGCAUGAGGAUGGAGGUGUUGGGCUGCCCAGUUCCUGAUCCCCUCAGUCAGUACCAGAUGCAGAACGAAGUGACACCUAGGGAUGACCUGGACUACACGUACCAUAACUAUCUGGACAUGGAGAAGUUCAUGAAGUCAGUUUCAGACGAGUGUCCAAACAUCACCAGGUUUUACAGCCUGGGUCGGAGCUCCAAAGGUCUGGACAUCCAUGCUAUGGAGAUCAGCGAUAAUCCUGGUGUCCAUGAGACUGGUGAACCGGAGUUCCGCUACACGGCAGGGUACCAUGGUAACGAGGCUCUGGGUCGCGAACUCCUCCUGAUGCUGAUGCAGUACAUGUGUAAGGAGUACAAGGACGGAAACCCGCGAGUGCGCCGCAUAGUGGAUGGAAUACGCAUUCACCUCGUACCCUCGGUCAACCCCGACGGCCACGUGAAAGCCUUCGAGAGGGGCUCAGAAAUGGGAAGCUGGACACUGGGUCACUGGACUGAGGACGGCCAUGACAUCUUCAAAGACUUCCCAGACCUUAAUACUAUAUUAUGGAAUGAAGACGACAAGGGCAUGGUGCCCAAGUUGACCCCAAAUCACCAUGUGCCCAUUCCUGAAGGCUAUCUCAGUGACAAUGGACCUUUAGCCGUGGAGACACGAGCCCUCGUCUCCUGGAUGGAAACCUACCCAUUUGUCCUAGGAGCCAAUUUUCAAGGUGGCGAGCGGCUGGUCACCUACCCCUUCGACAUGCGACGCCUCACCAAAGAGUCUGAGGAGCUGGAGAAGAAGCUGAACCCCAGAUCCAAUCGACGCAAGCGGCAGUACGAGGAGGAGGAAAGAGAAGAGGAAGAAGAACAACCCAAUCCCUACCUCCACAUAGGGUACCACCAGGAGGGCUAUGGCGACCACCAAGAAGGCUAUGGUGACCACCAGGAGGGCUAUGGUGACCACCAAGAAUCCCAUGGAUACCAUCAAGAAAACUACGGCUACCAUCAAGAAAACUACGGGUACCAUCAGGAGAACCCGGGGUACCAUCAGGAGAACCGGGGGUACCAUCAGGAGAACCGGGAGUACCAUCGGGAGAACCAGGAGUACCAUCGGGAGAACCAAGGGUACCAUCAUGAGGGGCACUCGGAGGGGGAUCAUGAAGGUUACCAUGAAGGAUACCAAGAGGGGCACAAUGAAGAAGGUUAUGGAGCGGAGGGGCAUGGACAGGCGGAGACGUCAGAGGAGGAGAUCAGAGUGGUUGAGGACCAGUCCUUGUUUCGCUGGUUGGCAGUUUCUUAUGCCUCUACUCACCGUACGAUGACCAACACCUUCCGAGGAGGAUGCCACACCGAGGACCCCACAGGAGGGAUGGGAAUUGUCAACCGUGCCAAGUGGAAGCCCAUUCAAGGAAGUCUGAAUGAUUUCAGCUACCUGCACACGAACUGUUUUGAGUUGUCCGUCUUCCUGGGCUGUGAUAAAUACCCUCAUCAGAGUGAGCUCGUCCGGGAGUGGGAACAUAACCGAGAUGCUUUGCUGACGUUAAUGGAUCAGGUGCACCGGGGAAUAAAGGGCGUCGUGAGAGACAAGGAGGGAAAACCGAUCGUGAACGCCACGAUCUCAGUGGAAGGAAUCAAUCAUGAUGUUACCACAGGUGAGGCGGGUGAUUACUGGCGUAUGCUGAAUCCCGGCGAGUAUCAGGUGCUGGCUCGGGCUGACGGCUACUCCUCCAUGAGCCGCCUGUGCGUGGUGGGCUUCGACCAGGGUGCCACAAUCUGCAACUUCGAACUCAACAAGUCCAACUGGGAUCGCAUCAAGCAAAUCAUGGCUCUGCACGGCAACAAGCCCAUCCGACUGCUCAGCCCCGGAGGAGGAAAUCACUUCGUCAACAGCGGUAACCAGAUUCCUAACGGUAAAGGCGAUCGACUCAGCCAGCGGCGCAUGAGACUGAUGAGGCUCCGCCGCCUGAGACAGCAGAGGUUAUUGGCGAGAAUGACCACGACCACACCGCCCCCGACGACCACACCGCCCCCGACCACCAUACCCCCCACCACCAUACCCCCCACGACCACAGCUCCACCAGCUCCGGAGAGCUUCACGUCCUGGUACGACUCGUGGCUGCCGGAGAACUACAGCCAGCCAGAGAUUGAGAGCACGGACUCCGAUUACGACUACAGCUUCAGCAUCGAUGAUUAUGAAUAAAGGUCCGAGGGUCAAAGAUGCGCCUCACCGAACUGACAAUAAGCACCGCUUUCUCUUUCAGGAUGGACGAGGGGUCGUAGGACGUUUUGGAACCGUCACAUAAUGGAAACUAUGCAGUAAAGUUCAUGAACGCUACAGUAAAUCCAGACUGGAUUCUGCAGGAAGCACUUGUUUUAUGUCUUUAAACCAAUGGCUUGAGAACCCAAAUGAAACUGGGCCGAUGACAUCACAGUGUCUGUAUUAAACAGGGGGGAACCUGAGAGGCCUUUCAUGAAUCAUUUAUGGAACCUAUUUUAUACCAACACCUUUAUUCGUCACAUAUACACACAUACAGGUGUAAGAUACAACGGAAUUCUUUCUUUGCUUAGCCCAGUUUAAUUGGGAUCUGGGGUCAGAGCACAGGGUCAGCCAUUGUACAGCGCCCUUGGAGCUGAGAGGGUUAAGAGCCUUGCUCAAGGGCCCAACAGUGGUUGCACUGCAGAGCUGGGAUUCAAACUCUCAACGUUUCAAUCGAUAGUCCAAAGCUCUACCCACUAGGCUACCACUGUCCACAAAAAUGAAAAGUUGGUGUUGGAGUUGGCAACUGGUCUGAACCCGUGUUACAGACACAGUGACGUCAUUGGUUGGUCCAUUUUCCCAUGCAAAUUCUCUUGAGAUCAUGAAUGAUUAGAUGUGACUGAGGCCAGCGUGGAUGUCAUGCAUAAGACGGAGGAUAAGAGUGCAAUGGGGGGAAUUGGGUAUGUCUAAAUUACAUGAGACGAACCCGGAGCAACAGAGUAAUACAGAAGUGUGAGAUGAAAGCUGCUGUUCUGUUUACAGGCCUGCAUUUGUUGAAUAGUGACGAUUAGCUCAUGAAAUGAAUGGUCGCAUGUGUAUGUGUUUGCUGUUCGUAUCGUGCCGACUUCAUGUGGCGUCCUGCAGAAUCCAUCGUCUUUCAUUUAGAACUCCUCUGCAUCUUCUACCAGAUCCUUCACCCAGCCAAUCCACCCACCCGGUUCCCACAGAGACCAAAACCCAACAUGUAGAGAAAAGUGGCUUUAUUUACAUUUCUUUAUCAUCAGCGUGUCUGCAGAAAACGAUUCUCUCAGAGACCUCAGGGUCGAACCCACUGUAAUAUCAGCAUCUAAUAAAGGCUUGUUUACACACUG